AUGAGGAACAUCGAUCUACCUGCCAAAUCCGACCACCCCAAUCUCGAAUUCGAAGUCAUGAAUCGUGUUGUCAAGAAAACCGACCCAAACAUCACAUAUGGUGUCAAUCUCCGUGGAAAGAAAGAUUUUGCGCCUGAUUCAGAAACAAAAGUCCAGAGAUCCAAAUCAACUUCCUCGAUCGAUAAUCCGAUGUUGAACAAGUUGAGAAACGAUCUGGAGAGGUUGCUGGAGGAUAGCGGGACGGGAGAGUUUGAAGAUAUGUAUGUGGAGAACUUCGCAUCUGAUUUGCUAAAAGGGUAUGGGUGGGUUGAAGGGAGAGGAAUUGGGAAGAACGCCAAAGAAGAUGUCAAGGUAGUUGAGUACACCAAAAGAACUGGGAAAGAAGGGUUUGGCUUCGUGAAUAAUAUGCCCAUCUCACCAACUACUGAUAGCAACAACAGAUCUACAAAAACAAAAAUAGAAAGUGUUAGCAAUGGGGGAAAAAGAGAUAACUUGUUAUAA